AUGUCGACAAGAUACGCCGCAGUCCAUCAGAAUACCAAAGGUCCUGGUGAUGCUCGUCCAACCGCAUUGCAAAUUAUUCAAGACCAAAAACUCGAGAAUCAGCUGUCUGACAAGGUCAUUCUAAUAACUGGUUGCUCCUCUGGUAUUGGUGUCGAGACAGCACGCGCCCUUUUCACCACUGGCGCUACGCUCUUUUUAACUGUCCGCGAUGUUGAAAAAGCGAGAUCUACAUUAGGUGAUAUUGUUGACAGUCCUCGAGUCUAUUUGUUACACCUCGACCUCAACUCCCUUGAUUCUGUACGCGCCUGUGUACAGGUUUUUAAGUCCCAAAGCAAGACUUUGAAUAUCUUGAUUGAGAAUGCCGGAGUUAUGGCGUGUCCUGAGGGCCGGACUGUGGAUGGCUUUGAAACACAGUUCGGUUGUAACCACUUGGCACAUUUUCUUCUAUUCUACCUUCUUAAGCCUAUUCUACUGGCUUCCUCAACCCCUGGUUUUAACUCUCGGGUUGUCAUUGUUUCUUCAGCUGCUCACCGCUAUGCGAGCGUCAAUUUCAACAAUAUCAGUCGAAAGGGUGAAUAUGAGCCUUGGAAGGCGUAUGGCCAGAGCAAGACUGCCUCAAUUUGGACAGCUAAUGAAAUUGAGAGGCAAUAUGGCUCUCAAGGUCUCCACACUUUCAGUCUACACCCAGGCGGUAUACGGACUGAUCUCCAACGUCACGUUUCGCAUGAGCAGAGGGCUGCUUGGGACAGCGAUAAAGAAUUAGCCAACUACUGGAAGAGCCCUGAACAAGGAGCCGCUACAACUGUGUGGGGUGCAGUUGCAAGGGAACUUGAGAAUCAAGGCGGCAAAUACUUGGAUAACUGCCAAAUCGCUGGUCUGUAUGAUCCGAGCACGGGUCCUCGGGGUCCUGGUUAUGCCUCAUGGGCAUUCGAUGUGGAGGGGCAGUCAAGACUUUGGGCAGAAACUCUGAAAAUUCUAGAGCUGAAAGAUGAUUAA